GAUUUUUAGUCUCGCUGCUAGAGUUACAGCCGAUGAUCUGGGGUGAUGAGGAGGUUUUUGUUACUGUAUGCUACACAGCGAGGACAGGCAAAGGCCAUAGCAGAAGAAAUAUGUGAGCAGGCUGUGUCACGCGGCUUUUCUGCAGAUCUCCACUGUAUUAGUGAGGCGGAAAAGUAUGAUCUGAAAACUGAGACUGCUCCUCUGGUAGUGGUUGUGUCCACCACAGGGACUGGAGAUCCGCCUGACACAGCCCGCAAGUUUGUUAAAGAAAUCCAUGACAAGACACUACCCGCAGACUUCUUUGCUCACCUGCGAUAUGGGUUACUGGGUUUGGGUGACUCAGAGUACACAGACUUCUGCAAUGGAGGGAAAAUAAUUGACAAACGACUUCAGGAGCUUGGAGCCCAGCAUUUCUAUGACACUGGACACGCUGAUGACUGCGUAGGUUUAGAGCUCGUGGUGGAGCCGUGGAUUGCUGGACUGUGGGCUGCGCUCACAAAGCACUUUAAGUCACUCGGAGGACAAGAAGAGAUGAGUGACACACUGCCACCGACAUCAGAUGACCUUUUGAGCACUGCUGUGAAGCCAGAGCUGUCACACAUCCAGUCACAAGUAGAGCUUCUGAGGUUAGAGGACUUGGGAAAAAAGAAUUCUGAGCUUUGGGAACAACAAAAUGAAACAAGCAGGAGUCCGCCAAGUCUGAUCGAACACUUUGAAUCCUCGCUUGUCCACUCAGUUCCCCCACUGUCACAAGCCUCUCUGAGUAUUCCUGCUUUGCCCCCAGAGUAUUUGGAGGUCCAUCUUCAGGAGUCUUUUGGCCAGGAGGAAAGGGAGGGAUCUGUGACCUCAGUGGAUCCAAUUUUUCAAGUUCCAAUUUCAAAAGCUGUUCAGCUGACUACAAAUGAUGCCGUAAAGACCACUCUGCUGCUGGAGUUGGACAUUUCGAAAAUAGAGUUUUCCUACCAGCCUGGAGAUUCCUUCAAUGUGAUCUGUCCAAACAGUGAUUCUGAAGUAGAGAACCUGCUCCAAAGGCUGCACCUGGCAGAUAAACGAGCACACCGGGUCCUCUUGAAAAUCAAGACAGACACUAAGAAGAAAGGAGCUGCCGUGCCACAGCAUGUACCUGAGGGACGGUCUCUGCAGUUCAUCCUCACCUGGUGUCUUGAAAUCCGAGCAGUUCCUAAAAAGGCAUUUUUGCGUGCCCUUGUGGAAUGUACCAGUAGUACUCCUGAAAAGCGGAGGCUACAAGAGCUGUGCAGUAAACAGGGGGCUGCUGAUUACAACCACUUAGUCCGAGAUGCCCAUGUCUGCCUGCUAGACCUCCUCCUCGCCUUCCCGUCCUGCCAGCCUCCACUCAGCCUCCUGCUCGAGCACCUUCCUAAACUCCAACCUCGACCAUACUCAUGUGCAAGCUCCAGCUUGCUCCAUCCAGACAGACUUCAUUUCGUAUUUAACAUCGUAGAGUUCCCGUCCAACCCCACAGCAGCCGUGCUGCGGAAGGGGGUGUGCACAGGCUGGCUGGCCGCGCUGGCUGCUCCACUUCUUCAGCCAAGCACAGAAGCUCCGCGUGCAGACAGUGGUGCUGCCCUGGCUCCUAAGAUACUGAUCUCUCGUCGAGCAACAAGUUCUUUCCACUUACCAGAUGAUCCCUCAGCCCCCAUCAUCAUGGUGGGUCCAGGAACUGGCGUAGCCCCCUUUGUUGGCUUCCUCCAGCACAGAGAGAAACUCCAAGAACAACACCCAGAUGGAAAUUUCGGAGCAAUGUGGCUGUUUUUUGGCUGCAGACAUAAGGACAGAGACUAUUUGUUCAGGGAGGAGCUCAGGCAUUUCCUCAAGACUGGGGUCCUGACUCACCUGAAGGUCUCCUUCUCAAGAGAUGCCGCACCCGAGCAGGAGGAGGCCCCAGCCAAGUAUGUGCAGGACAACCUCCAGCAUCACAGCCAGCAGGUGGCCAGGAUCCUCCUGCAGGAGAAGGGCUACAUUUAUGUGUGUGGAGAUGCCAAGAAUAUGGCUAAGGACGUGAAUGACGCCCUUGUAGAACUCAUAAGCAAAGAAACUGGAGCCGACAAGCUGGAAGCAAUGAGAACACUGGCAACACUGAAGCAAGAGAAACGAUAUCUGCAGGAUAUUUGGUCAUAAAGCUGGGAGGGAGAUACUGAAGGAUUUUAUUUUUGUUUUUCUUUUU